GUUAAAAUAAACUUAUUUGGUGGUAAUAUUAAAUAUAAAAUAAUCAAUCGUUUAUAUACCGCCCGAAAACCAAUUAAACCCUCAAAAUUAUCAGCACCAAUUUACUAUGAAACAAUUCUUGAUGAUGGAAGUAAAUUCAUAUCGAGAGUUCCUCUAGCUAAACCAACGAUUACAAUGGAUAAUUUACCACCACCACUUAAACCACCAAAAGAAAAUAAUCAUCGCAAACUUACCGAAGAUGAUAUAAAAGAAAUGAGAGAAUUGAGACUUUCAGAUCCUGAAAAAUGGACAUGUAAUGAAUUGGCAAAAAAAUUUCAAUGCAGUUCAUUAUUCGUCGGGCAAGUUGCUCCUUUAUCAAAUGAAAGAAGGGAAAUAUAUGAAGCUAGCAAAGUAGCUCAAUUUAAUAAGAUGGGAUGGAAAAAACGAUUUGUUAGACGUGAAAGGGCUAGGAGAAGAGCGAAUUGGUGA